CUGGGUUUAAAAUUGUUUCUUUCACCUUUUUUUUUUUUUGAUGUCCCAAUCACCAUUAAUUAGACAAAGAGAAGAUGACCUAGAUAUAUCAAACAGUGUCGAUUCUGGCUUAAUUCGAUGUAUAUGCUCUUCUACAGAAGAUGAUGGCUUUACUAUACAAUGUGAACAAUGUCUUGUGUGGCAGCAUGCCUAUUGUGUACAGAUUACAUCUACCAGCAUUCCAGAUCAUUAUCUUUGCGAUCAGUGUAGUAGCAACAGUACAGGAAAGAAAAGACCUAAGCGGCCCAAGUUAUCAAAAAGGAUCACUAUAUCUAAAAAGAAACUUUCCAAGCUUGACUCAGAAGAUGAUCCUUCUUUCAAGAAAAAGAAACCAGUCAAAAGCAGGGUUAUUUCUCGCUAUGUGUAUGCUAUUUUUAAUGAAGCCAGGGAAAGAUGGAAGCAACAUUGGAAGUAUGAUCAUAAUAGCUCAUUCUUAUAUGACCUUGGUGCCUUUGUAACAAUGGACAUGGAUACACUAUUGACAAAGGGUGUCUUGAUGAAUGCACCAGUAUCGAGUCAGGGACUAUUUGCGACCAGAUCAGUACCUUCUGGCCAAUAUUUAAUGGAAGUAACAGGAGAUAUCUUGUUGAAAUCAGAAUAUAAGUAUGAUCCCUUGAAUGAUUUUGUCAUCCUGGGCACACCACUGAGCCAUAUCAUGUUCUUCCCAUCAUUGGAUCUGUGUAUUGACACUAGACAGUUUGGAAACAAAGCUAGAUAUAUACGUCGAUCUUGUCAACCGAAUGCUGAGCUACGUAACAUGGUAUUGCCUCGUGAGGAUAGUAAAUCGGUUCAUUUGGGCCUAUUCUCUCGUCGCUUGAUUGAAAAGGGACAAGAGGUGACCAUUAGCUGGUCAUGGCAACGAGGGCAUGUAACAUGGAAAGAGUAUAUGGACUGGCACCAUAAAUCGAGAAAAGAGGAUAGGAACAAGGUCAUUGAUGAAGAAGAAGAAAGAAAGAAAAGAUCAACAAUACAAAUGAUGUUGGAGAGAUUCGAAAAGGAAUUUGGGGCAUGCGCUUGCUUAAAUAAACGCAAAUGUUUGAUAGAACACCUCAAACGACAAUGUGCACCAAAGAAGCCAACAGAUGCCAAUCGCCGUCGCAGUAAGCCAUCUAUACUUUUAUUAAAGCCUAAGCCAGUGAUUGAAGAGAAUAUAAAUGACGAAUACGUUGAUAUUACAUCUAACUCACCCACACUGCAGCCAUCAAAGGGCCCACAGGAAGAAGAGGAUGAACUAUUGGAUAUUGAUGGAGAUAUUGAUAUCAUGGGUAACGAUCCAUCUAAUGAACUACCGCCCAUGGAUGAAAACCAGAAUAGUGACAAUGAAGAUCUCUCUUCCUUGUCCUCAUUAUCCAGUCUAUCUAUUCUUGGAGAGGAGAAGGAAAACGAGCAACAUACUAGUAAAAACGUACUAAGCCCUCUAUCCGCUCGAGCUUACUCUUCCACACCAUACAAAGGAACAGCUGCACUACCAAGGAAGAAGCUUUGGGCUCGUGACUACCUUAACAAGCACCAAACUGAAAAUAUAACAGAUAAACAGGAUAUCAAAGAUGAACCGAAUACCCAUGAAAAUGAUAACCACAAGCCAUUGGAAGAGAGUGAAUGUGCUGUAAAAAGCGAAGAUGAUAAUAGUAAUAAUGACAUACCAAACCUUUCCUUUAAAAAUGAAGCAGUUCAAGAAGAAGAAGAAGAAGAGGAGGAGGACCAGCCUGAGAAGCAUUUUGACGGAAACAAUAUACCACAAAUAGACACUCUUGAAGAUGACAAUGAACUUAGUGAUGCAUCUACUGUUUUAUUAGAAGAUGUAUGCUAAACUCAUUUAACACUGUAGCAUACAAAAUAACAUGCAAUUACAUAUUUACAACGCCUCCUGUGCCAAUCGACACUUUUUAAAAUUAACUCGCUUUUCUCGCGCAUUUCACUGGCUCAAUUUACGCUUUUGACCAAACCAAAUCACGCUUUUUCGUAGUAUCAGUGUAUUUCACCCAGUAAAAAAACUGACUCACCACUGCUUUAUUGGGUCUUUGUGAGAUGAUUAUCUGAUCUAUGAACUGGCCCCAUUUGGAAAUUGUACAGCACUAAUAUAUUGUAUAUAAUAAACUAUUUAACUUUAUUUUCUAUUCAUGCAAUCUACACUAUGAG